UUAAAGUUAGUAUGCUAUUAGGUUGCUUUGAUGAUUUCAAAUUGUUGGAAAAUAUUUUACUGUUGUUUAACUGUAAAAACAUUUAACAAUGAACUGGUUUUUUUAUCCGUGCAGAUUUUAUGAAAAUUAAUUAUGACUUUCAGUCACCACUGCAAAAGAGGAGUCAACUUACUCGAAAUAGAGCAUAGAAGUAAGUUCGUUGGUAUGGCGAUGGACAUGGCAAUGGCCAGCAUGUCCCAUCAUCAUCAAUUGUUGACAUCACACACAACACUUUCUCACCUCAAACAACUCCAUGCCCAAAUCCUUCGCUCCAAUUCUAACCCAGAAUCCCUCCUUUCCAAACUCGUCCUUUCUUCUUCCUCUUCCUCUUCAACCCUCCACUACGCACUCUCUGUUUUCUCCCAAUUUCCAAACACAGAUACCCAUUUCUCCAACCAACUCCUCCGCCAUCUCUCCCGUAGCCCCACACCUCACAACACUCUUUUCCUCUAUCACAACCUUAGAACAACUAAUGCCUUCACUCUCGACAGCUUUAGCUUCCCCCCAUUGUUGAAGGCCGUCUCUAAACUUUCUGCCUUCAAUCAUGGUUUGGAGAUUCACGGUCUCGCCUCAAAACUCGGCUUCCUUUCUGACCCUUUUAUUCAAACCGCCUUAAUUGCUAUGUAUGCAUCUUGUCGCCGCAUCAUGGAUGCACGAUUAUUGUUUGAUAAAAUGUCUCACCGAGAUGCUGUUGCUUGGAAUACUAUCAUUGAUGGGUACUGCCAGAAUGGUCAUUAUGACGAUGCUUUAAGGCUCUUUGAAGAUAUGAAAACCUCUGAUAUGAAGCCUGAUUCGGUUAUCCUUUGUACUGUGCUUUCUGCUUGCGGUCAUGUUGGAAAUUUAAGCUAUGGAAGAACAAUCCAUGAGUUUGUUAAGGAUAAUGGUAUUGCUCUUAACUCCCAUUUACAGUCUGCUCUCAUUAACAUGUAUGCAAAUUGUGGUGCAAUGGAGUUGGCUAGGGAAUUAUAUGAUGGACUCUUGUCGAAACAUUUGAUUGUUUCGACUGCAAUGAUUUCUGGUUAUGCAAAACUUGGAAUGGUUAAGGAUGCUCGUUUCAUAUUUGACCAAAUGAUUGAAAAGGAUUUGGUUUGUUGGAGUGCAAUGAUAUCUGGUUAUGCUGAAAGUGAGCAGCCUCAUGAGGCUCUUAAAUUGUUCAAUGAAAUGCUACGGCAUAGAAUAGUGCCUGAUCAGAUCACAAUGCUUAGUGUCAUUUCUGCUUGUUCUCAUGUCGGCACACUUGUUAAUGCAAAAUGGAUUCAUACAUAUGCGGAUGAAAAUGGGUUUGGAAGAGCUCUGUCUGUUAACAAUGCACUCAUUGAUAUGUAUGCCAAAUGUGGGAAUUUGGGAAAGGCAAGAAAGGUAUUUGAGAAUAUGCCAAGAAAAAAUGUCAUAUCUUGGUCCAGUAUGAUCAAUGCCUUUGCCAUGCAUGGAGAUGCUAAUAGUGCAAUACACCUUUUCCAUAAGAUGAAAGAAGAAAAUACUGAGCCCAAUGGCAUUACAUUUAUCGGUGUCCUUUAUGCUUGCGGUCAUGCAGGUUUAGUCGAGGAAGGCCAGAAAUUAUUUUCAUCCAUGAUUAAUGAGCAUGGCAUCUCUCCCACUCGUGAGCACUACGGUUGCAUGGUUGACCUGUAUUGUAGAGCCAAUCUCUUGAGAAAAGCUAUUGAGCUUAUCGAAACAAUGCCGUUCGCGCCGAAUGUUAUCAUUUGGGGAUCCCUUAUGUCUGCUUGUCAAGUUCAUGGUGAGAUUGAGUUGGGGGAGUUUGCUGCCAAACAGCUUCUUGAGUUAGAGCCUACUCAUGAUGGAGCACUUGUGGUUUUGUCAAACAUCUAUGCCAAAGAAAAAAGGUGGAAUGAUGUUGGACUCAUCAGGAAAUCAAUGAAACAUAAAGGUAUCUCAAAGGAGAAGGCAUGUAGUAGGAUUGAACUAAAUAAUAAGGUUCAUAUGUUUAUGAUGGCUGAUAGAUAUCAUAAACAAUCCAAUGAAAUUUAUGAGAAAUUAAAUGAGGUAGUUAGUCAAUUGAAGUUGGUCGGGUACAAACCUAGUACCUCAGGUAUUUUGAUUGAUUUAGAAGAGGAAGAUAAAAAAGAAUUGGUUCUAUGGCAUAGUGAAAAGCUAGCACUUUGCUAUGGGCUAAUUAGUAGGAGGAAAGAAUCAUGCAUUCACAUAGUUAAAAAUCUUCGGAUAUGUGAAGAUUGUCACUCCUUUAUGAAGUUGGUCUCGAAGGUGUAUCAAGUAGAGAUUGUUGUGAGAGAUAGGACUAGAUUUCACCAUUUAAGUGGUGGUAUUUGUUCUUGUAGAGACUAUUGGUGAUUCAUUUUAUUGAAUUAUUACAUUGUCAAAUCUUCACUUUUGUGCU